AUGGGUCCAUUCCGAGGAGGACGAGGAGAUUCUAGAGGAGGAGGUGGUGGCCGCGGUGGUGGUGGAGGUUUCCGAGGUCGAGGUGGCGGCGGUGGUCGUGGAGGAGGUGGCGGUAGAUUCAAUCGUGAGCCCGAAGGUCCACCCGACACAGUCGUUGAAAUUGGAUCGUUUGAACAUCCGUGUGAAAGUCAACUUGUAUGCAAAGCAACAAACGAGAUGAUUCCAUAUUUCAAUGCCGGUAUUUUUCUUGAGAAUAAAAAGCAAAUUGGUAAAGUCGAUGAAAUAUUUGGUCCCAUGAAACAAUAUUGGUUCUCCAUAUCACUCUUGGAAAAUAUGAAUCCAAGUUCAUUUAAAAAAAAUGAAAAACUUUUCGUCGAUCCAAAUAAACUUUUGCCAUUAGGUCGAUUUUUACCCAAACCACCAGGAACAAAAUCAUUUGGAGGAGGUGGUGGACGUGGAGGACGAGGCGGUGGUGGUGGUAGAGGCGGAUUCCAACGUGGUGGCCGAGGCGGCAGCGGUGGUGGCGGAGGUUUUCGUGGUGGUCGAGGUGGCAGCGGUGGUGGUGGAGGCUUCCGUGGUGGUCGAGGUGGCAGUGGCGGCCGAGGUGGUGGCGGUGGAUUCCGUGGUGGUCGAGGACGUGGCAACUAA